CGUCUUAUACCCGAACAUUCGCUCGUCCGUCCGUCGGGCCCUCUUCUGAGCGCACGUAGAAUAGCUUCAAAAGACUGCAAUCCGCGAGCAGUACAGAGGACGACGAUUAGACGAGACGAGGGCGCAGAGAGAGGAUUUCGUGUCGAGAAAUUUGUGAGUUCUGCGAGCGCGCGAGGGAGGCACGAUGGCUGCGGUGACGGGCAUGGCGGGGCAGCUGACACCGACGUUCGUUGCUUCCGAUGGAGCGAAUUCCCUGCGCAAGGGGCUCGCAGGGCAGAAGCUGUCGCUGUUUCUUUGUCCUUCGGUGAAGCAGUCGACGAGAGCUCGCAAGGUGCAGGCUUCUGCGCGCCCGGCCGGUGAGGAAUCGAGUGUUAAUGAGGGUAAGAGAGGUUUUUUGAAGGGUGUUCUUGGUGCUGCUGGUGUCGGUCUUCCCGCGCUCGCGGCUCAGAGCGCCAUGGCUGCCGAUGAGCAGGGAGUUGCUUCUUCCAGAAUGUCUUACUCUAGAUUUUUGGAGUACUUGGAAAUGGACCGUGUGAAGAAGGUUGAUUUGUAUGAAAACGGAACCAUCGCCAUUGUAGAAGCUGUGUCGCCUGAGUUGGGGUUCAGGGUUCAGAGAGUACGAGUGCAGCUGCCGGGUCUUAGCCAGGAGUUGCUUCAGAAAUUCAGGGCCAAGAAUAUAGAUUUUGCCGCUCACAACCCACAGGAAGAUUCUGGUUCAGUUCUCUUGAACCUCAUCGGCAACCUUGCCUUCCCCCUUCUCCUUGUCGGAGGUCUUUUCUUCCUGUCCAGGAGGUCACAGGGAGGCUUGGGAGGUCCAGGAGGACCCGGCAACCCUUUGGCAUUCGGAAAGUCUAAGGCUAAGUUCCAGAUGGAGCCCAACACAGGAGUCACUUUCGACGAUGUCGCAGGGGUAGACGAAGCCAAACAAGACUUUAUGGAGGUUGUCGAAUUUUUGAAGAGACCAGAAAGGUUCACCGCUGUCGGAGCUAGGAUUCCCAAGGGUGUUUUGCUGGUUGGACCACCCGGAACAGGAAAGACUCUUCUCGCCAAGGCCAUUGCUGGCGAAGCUGGAGUUCCAUUUUUCUCAAUUUCUGGUUCUGAGUUCGUGGAAAUGUUUGUUGGUGUGGGAGCAUCACGAGUGAGGGAUCUCUUCAAGAAGGCCAAGGAAAAUGCUCCUUGCAUUGUGUUCGUGGAUGAGAUUGAUGCCGUCGGAAGGCAGAGGGGUACCGGUAUCGGUGGAGGCAAUGACGAGAGAGAACAAACUCUGAACCAGCUUCUGACUGAAAUGGAUGGAUUUGAGGGUAACACCGGAAUUAUUGUUGUUGCCGCCACCAAUCGGGCUGAUAUCCUCGACGCUGCUCUGCUUCGACCUGGACGAUUUGAUCGUCAGGUUACCGUGGAUGUUCCCGACGUCAGAGGUCGGAGGGAAAUUCUCAAGGUUCAUGCUGGAAACAAGAAGUUCGAUCCCGAUGUCUCCCUGGACAUCAUUGCCAUGAGGACGCCUGGAUUCAGCGGUGCCGAUCUUGCCAAUCUUUUGAACGAGGCUGCCAUCCUCACGGGAAGGAGGGCAAAGACUGCCAUCUCUGCAAAGGAGAUUGACGACUCCAUUGACAGGAUCGUCGCAGGAAUGGAGGGAACUGUCAUGACCGAUGGCAAGAGCAAGAGUCUGGUUGCUUACCAUGAAGUCGGACACGCUGUUUGUGGAACUUUGACCCCGGGACAUGACGCCGUACAAAAGGUUACUCUCAUCCCUAGAGGCCAAGCUCGUGGUCUCACAUGGUUCAUUCCUGGUGAAGAUCCUUCUUUGAUCUCCAAGCAACAGAUCUUUGCACGUAUUGUUGGUGCUUUGGGCGGUAGAGCUGCCGAGGAGAUCAUCUUUGGAGAUGCUGAGGUGACAACAGGUGCAUCCAGCGAUUUGCAGCAAGUGACUUCCAUGGCUAAGCAGAUGGUCACUGUUUUCGGUAUGUCCGAGAUCGGACCUUGGGCUCUGAUGGAUCCAUCAGCCCAAGGAGGAGAUGUUAUCAUGAGAAUGAUGGCUAGGAACUCCAUGUCUGAGAGAUUGGCCGAGGAUAUCGACAGAGCAGUGAAGGCCAUUUCUGACAAGGCUUACAUAGUAGCCUUGGAACACAUCCGCCAGAACAGAGCUGCCAUUGACAAGAUCGUUGAGGUUUUGGUCGAGAAGGAAACUUUGAGUGGGGAGGAGUUCAGGGCAAUCUUGUCCGAGUUCACUGAAAUCCCAGCUGAGAACCGUGUCGCUGCCGAACAAGCCGUGCCAGUGUAGAGGAAUAUGUUGAUAUGGUUGAAUCUCAGAUAACUUAAAGAAAUGUUGUAUAUCAAGUACAAAGUAGGUGGUUAUAAAGCCUCGCAUGUAUACUACUUGCUGCUUGUGCAUUUCUGGAGUUUGCAGCAAGUCGCACUCUUCCCCUUUCUGGAGCUCUUGAGGUUGACUGGACUGGCUAAUGUUAGCUCUUUUGACGAAGGAUGUAAACUACCGUGUGGUCUCGCAUAUUCAGAUGCUGUCUUCGACCACAUCAAUCAAAAUUAGUCACAGUUAGAGAAAAGUCAAAUUUUCCUACGGAGCGACAGCACGACCUGUCUGUCCGGUAGGUGUCCCUGUAAUUCUAUGACGUAAUGAUCAUCUCAUCGACUAUUGUCGUGUGAACAUCCG